AUGCUCCUCUUCGCCUUUCUCCUGCUGACAUCUGCCCUGGCCAGCCAGAGACAUGGAGCCCAAGCGGAGUCCAAUCUGAGCGUCAAGCUGCAGUUCUCCAGCGCCAAGGAGCAAAAUGGAGUACAAGUUCCCCAGCAUGAGAAGAUUAUUACUGUGUCUACUAAUGGAAGUAUUCACAGUCCCAAGUUCCCACACGCUUACCCACGCAACACUGUACUGGUAUGGAGAUUAGUAGCAGUAGAGGAGAAUGUGUGGAUACAGCUUACUUUUGAUGAAAGAUUUGGGCUUGAGGACCCAGAAGAUGACAUAUGCAAGUAUGACUUUGUAGAAGUUGAAGAGCCGAGUGAUGGCACUAUUUUAGGGCGCUGGUGUGGUUCCAGUACUGUGCCAAGCAAACAAAUCUCCAAAGGAAACCAGAUCAGGAUAAGAUUUGUAUCCGAUGAAUAUUUUUCUUCUGAACCUGGAUUCUGCAUCCAUUAUACUCUCCUCAUGCCACACCAUACAGAAGCUGCCAGCCCAUCCAUGUUACCCCCAUCAGCUUUACCAUUAGAUUUACUAAACAAUGCUGUUGCUGGAUUUAGUACUGUAGAAGAACUUAUCCGAUAUCUGGAACCAGACAGGUGGCAACUGGACUUGGAAGAUCUGUACAGACCAACAUGGCAAAUCCUUGGAAAGGCAUAUAUUCGUGAGAGAAAAUCAAGAGUGGUGGAUCUGAACCUUCUAAAGGAGGAGGUGCGACUCUACAGCUGUACUCCUCGCAACUUCUCAGUGUCAUUGAGGGAGGAGCUGAAGCGAACUGACACCAUUUUCUGGCCACUAUGUCUAUUGGUUAAGCGUUGCGGUGGAAACUGUGCCUGCUGUCACCAUACUUGCAAUGAGUGCCAAUGCGUCCCAACCAAAGUCACCAAAAAAUACCACGAGGUUCUUCAGCUGAAGCCCAGGAGCGGUGUAAAGGGAUUGCAUAAAUCACUGACAGAUGUACCCCUGGAACACCAUGAGGAGUGUGCCUGUGUCUGCAAAGGGAAUACUGAAGGAUAA